GGUAUAAAAACCUACCGUCUCGAGUGUAGGAUAUCACAGUAUUAGCGAGUUUCAUUCAGGAUGCGUGCUGCACUCAUAUUAUUGGCCCUAGGCCUAGCUGCGGUUACAGCCGUACCUUCCAAUCCGCAAAGGAUUAUCGGAGGAUCAGUCACAGAUAUUAGUCAGUACCCAAGUGGUGUGUCUCUUCUCUUCUCAUGGACUGGAUCUGGAAGUUUCUUCCAGGCCUGUGGAGGUGCCAUUAUUAACAACAGGGCCGUACUUACUGCCGCACAUUGCCUCAUUGGUGACCCGAUUGCACGCUGGCGCAGUCGCGUCGGUUCCACCAAUGCCAACAGCGGUGGAGUUGUUCACACGACCAGCAGAAUAAUUAUUCAUCCCAACUACAACACGGGCACUUUGGACCAAGAUAUAGCAAUCUUGCAAAUCGUCGGCAGUUUCUCUUUCAAUAACAAUGUACGCGCUGGUCAAAUUGCAGGCAGCAACUACAAUCUCGGUGACAACCAACCCGUUUGGGCCAUCGGGUGGGGAACUACUAGUGUUGGUGGAAGUCCUUCUGAACAGCUUCGACACGUCCAAGUUUGGACUGUUAACCAGGCUACCUGCAGAACUCGUUACGCUGAGCUGCGUCGCACUAUCACUGACAAUAUGUUGUGCUCCGGUUGGCUCGACGUCGGUGGUCGUGACCAAUGCCAGGGAGACUCUGGUGGUCCUCUGUUCCAUAAUGGAGUUGUCGUCGGUGUUUGCUCUUGGGGAGAGAGAUGUGCCCUGGCUCGUUAUCCUGGUGUUAAUGUUCGUGUAUCUCGCUACACAUCCUGGAUUCAAAGCAAUGUAUAAUUUUAAAAAGGAAACGAUACUGUUAU